AUGGCUGCCAACCAUCAUCCCUCGCCCACCAUGAUGCAGAUGCAGCACCAGCAGGCUCAGGCGCCUGGCGGCCCGCCCCAUGGCCCUUCCAGCGCGUACAACCCCUCUGCGCAGAUUCAGCAGCUCAACGAGCAGGUCUGGCUGCAAAUCGGCAGCUUCUCUGAGCUUUUGCGCAUCCCCGACGAGGCCCUCCAGGCCUACGAGCGCGCCCUCAUCGCCAACCCCCAGUCCAUCACCGCCCUCAAUGCCAUCGGCAUGCUGCUCAAGGGUCGCGAAGCCUUUGACAAGGCCCUCGAGUUCUUCCGCACCAUUGUCGACAUGGACCGAAACAAUGGCGAAGCUUGGGGUAACCUCGGCCAUUGCUUCCUCAUGACCGAGAACCUCCAAAAGGCCUACGACGCUUACCAGCAAGCCCUGGUCAACUUGCGCGAUCCCAAGGACCCCAUGCUCUGGUACGGCAUUGGCAUCCUCUAUGACCGCUAUGGCAGCUACGACUACGCCGAGGAGGCCUUCUCCCAGGUCAUGCAGAUCCAACCCGACUUUGAAAAGGCCAAUGAAAUCUACUUUCGCCUCGGCAUAAUUUACAAACAGCAGCAGAAAUACCCCCAGAGUCUCGAAUGCUUCAAGUACAUUGUCAGCUCGCCCCCUGGUCCCCUUACGCAGGAGGACAUUUGGUUCCAGAUCGGACAUGUUCACGAGCAGCAAAAAGACUUCGACAGCGCCAAGGCCGCGUAUCAGCGUGUCCUUGAUCACUCGCCGACCCAUGCAAAGGUCCUCCAGCAGCUCGGCUGGCUCCACCACCAGCAGAGCAACUCUUACGAGUAUCAGGACCGCGCCAUUCAGUACCUAGAGAAAUCUGUGAACGCCGAUAAUACCGACGCACAGAGCUGGUACUUGCUUGGCAGAUGCUACAUGUCGCAGCAAAAGUAUCCCAAAGCCUAUGAGGCUUACCAACAGGCUGUCUAUCGGGAUGGAAAGAACCCCACAUUCUGGUGCUCCAUUGGUGUUUUGUAUUACCAAAUCAACCAGUACAGAGACGCACUCGACGCCUAUUCCCGCGCUAUCCGCCUCAACCCCUACAUCUCCGAAGUCUGGUACGAUCUCGGCACUCUGUAUGAGUCGUGCAACAACCAAAUUUCCGAUGCCCUCGACGCCUACCAACGGGCCGCCGAGCUUGACCCCAGCAACCCUCACAUCAAGACCCGUCUUCAGCUGCUUCGCUCUGGCAACGGCGGUGCUCCUCCCGCCGCUCCUCAGCCUGCUGACGUCCACCCGCAGGCUUACCAGGCCGCUGGACCUCAGGGUCCGACUGGUCCCCAGUGGGGAGGAUCAACUGCUCAGCCUCCUGCUGGCGGCCCUCCUCCUGCUCCCCAAGGCGCUGGCGAGAACUGGGCUCGCGGCCUGUCCAACGUGAACCCACCUCCUCAGCCACCUAAUCCGUAUGAGAGCCGUGGCGAACCGUUCCGUGGCGGCCCUGCUCCUCCCCUGCAGCGUCCCCCCAGUCCUCAGCAUGACCAUCGCCAGCCGCCGCCUGACCAUCGUCAAGCGCCGCCAGCUCAGCAGCAGCCCCAGUACAAUGAGCGACCCGGCCCGCCUCGCCGCGCUUCCCCUCCUCCCGCUCACCAAUAUCCUCCUACGUCUCAGGGCCGUGUUGCCAACCCCAACUUUGGCGGCUCUACACCCUCUGCUUCCGCGCUACCUUCGGCUGCUGCCAAUGGGCCCCCGGUGCCACCUCCCAACGGCGCUGGUCCAUUCCGGCCUACCAACAGCCCCCGACCUGACGGCCGCGAAGGCCACGUUCCCUCGCCCAAGCCUGUCUAUCCUGGCCAGGCACCGCCUCCGCCUCAAUACCCCGGCCAAGGCGAGGCACUACCACCUCCUGGUGAGAAUGGACAGCCUGGCCCCCCGCCCCCCUCGGCAGCAGCCCCCGAAGCCGCAGUGCAGCGUCAAGAGGACCGUCCUCCUUCGGUCGGACCCAAGCGUAUGCGCGAGUGGGAGGAUGAUUCGGGUGGUCCCAAGCGCAUGCGCGAAUGGGAGGACGAUUCCGCCGCCAAGAAGCAAGCCAAUGAGGAGAACCGUGCUCGUCUGGAGGACGCUAAGCACCGCCGGCCGUCCAUGUCUCCCAAGGAAGGCUUCCGCCGCCCCUCGCCUCGCAGUGAGGAACGCCGUACCGAGGAGCCCCGCAGAGCGGAAGAGUCUGCCCCUAAGAGUGACUAUCACCCCUCUGAGGCCGCUCACCACCACCCGCAGCACAGCGUGACGGGAAGCCAGCUGCCUCCCAUGCAAGCACCCACUCCCGCCGAUGCUGCGCCGGAAAAGGCGCAGGCUACUGUCACCCCCAAGGAGGAGCCCACGGAGACGAGCAGCGUUCCCCGGGCCCCCGCAUCGUCUGAGCCUGAGCGCGCCGCUAGGAAGAUGGAUGUCGACGAAGACUAUGACGAUGCACCUGAAGAUGACAAGAAGGUAGCCACCAAUGGCUCCAAGGCUGGGUCUACCACGGAUGAGGCCAAGGCCGGCUCACCAACCAGCACAGGAGCCAACGGUACGACGGCAGCGCCCGCUGCUGCCGCGACCAAGUCUGAUUAA